UCUCAUAUCCGAUCGUAUUGGUCACGCCCAUUUCAUUCCCACGUGACCAUUCUCCAGGUCAGGUGCUGACUUGCAAAUAUUCACACGUUAUAUCAUUCAUUGCUGAUACCACUUCAUUCCUCGCGCGCGCCCGGAGAGACUGGGGCGAUUGAUCAUUGGAUUCCCGCUACGCAAGUACAGUGUUGGGGACUGGCGUCUUGAUUUCCAAUAUUUUAGUUAUUAAAUCUCUAUCCAGCAUACACGGGGAAAAACUCAGUAAGGACAUAAAGAUGAGUGGACGGAGAGCUUUACAUUUCGUUUUCAAAGUGGCAGAUCGUACAGCUACAGCCAAAUUCUAUCGAGAAAUCUUGGGAAUGAAGUUCCUAAGGCAUGAAGAAUUUGAGGAAGGCUGCAAGGCAACAUGCAAUGGGCCAUAUGAUGGCAAGUGGAGUAAGUCUAUGGUUGGUUAUGGGCCAGAGGACAACCAUUUUGUGACAGAACUCACCUACAACUAUGGGGUAAAGAGUUAUGAUCUUGGAAACGACUUCCUGGGUAUCACCAUUCAGUGCAGUGUAGCUGUAGCCAACGCUAAGAAAGCCAAGUGGCCUUUGACCAUAGAGUCUGAGGGUGUGUACUCGGUGCAGGCACCUGGGGGAUAUAGGUUCUACCUUGUGGACAAACCAAGACCUGAAGGAGAUCCAGUCCAAAAGGUUUCUAUCGGGGUAUCAAAUCUACAGAAAUCUGUGGAUUACUGGACCAAAAUAUGUGGCAUGACUCUGUAUGAGCAAGCUGAAAACAGUGCCCUCUUAGGUUUUGGAGAGGGACAGUGUAGAUUAGAAUUGCUUGAUCAGGGCGGACCUAUCGAUCACAAGACAGCAUUUGGAAGGGUGGCAAUUGCUUGCCCUCGAGACCAGUUACCUGGAAUAGAAGCGGCCAGCAAAGAUGGAGGCCAAACUAUCAUCACUCCUCUAAUCAGUUUAGACACCCCUGGCAAAGCUACGGUUGAAGUCGUCAUUCUUGGAGAUCCUGAUGGUCAUGAGAUUUGUUUUGUUGGUGAUGAAGCUUUCAGGGAAUUAUCUCAAGUUGACCCCAAAGCAGACGGCUUAUUAGAUGAGGCUGUUGCUGCAGAUAAAAGUGUUGAGUGGUUCGCUAAGAAAGAAGCCAAGCUAGGUAAGCAGUGGACACCUGGAUCAUAGUGAUACUUUAAUUGAUCAACUCAUACUACCAGAUCUGUAUCUCUCAAAUUGGCAAUGAAAUUGCAAGGAAGUAGACAAUCAUUACUUGAGUAUAAAUACUCAAUUUGUAAAACAGCAAUUACACUUGAGAAAAAUUAUGAAUUCGGUUCAUAUUUAAAGUGAAAGCAGACACGUAAGAUAUUUUUUUAUAUAUACUCAAACAAAAGUGUUUGAUUAAAUGAACAUUAUUUAUUCAAACCAGACUCAUCAUGCAGUAAGUAGUAUAUUAUACAUGUUAAAUUUUGUAAUAUAUUUAUUGUCUGUGAAAAAGGAGAAUUUUUCUGGAAAGUCCAUUGCUAUGGUUAGAUACCACAAUAUUAUGAAAUUUAGUAGAAAAUUGCUAGAAGGAGUUCAGGUGAUUUUCCUAGUAUCAAAUGGUUAAAAGGAAGGGAAGGCAAUGGUCAGGUGUACAAACCCUGAAAUUGUUGGUACUGGAUCCCACAUUGGUCUUAUGGGAUUGCCAAUAAGUGUUCUUCUAUUCAUUAGGACAGAUGGAUAUUUUAUUCCAUCUUUAAAUAUGCACAAAGCUUUUUACAUGAGUAUCAGCCAAGCUAGCUAGCGCAUCAGUGCAGUGAGCAUCCAGUCGGCAAUAUAGCCCAGGGCCCCGUCCCACAAAGAGUCGCAAUUGAUCCAAUCAACCAUAUUUAUGGAAAGCCAGCAACAUCAGCACCUGAAACGCACGUUUUCUUGAAAUACACAUAUGCUGUAAAUUCAUACAUUCAUUGAUUUCUUGAAAAUUCAGAGUGCUUUUCUUUGUGUACAAAGGACAUUGUGCAUUUUUUUUUGUAGAAAAAAUUAUGACUUCAAUGGAUUUCCAUACAGUUAAGGUUGAUGGGAUUAAUUGUAACUCUUUGUAAGACCCUGAGCGUUCUGUGUCAGGCCGGCUGGGUGUCUCAUAUCAUGAGGCAUACAGACGAGCAUUCCAAAGAAACAUGCAAUUUGGUAUUCUAUCAUGGGCUACUCAUGAAUAUCUGGGGCCUGUAACACAAAGCUAAGCCAUCAUCGUAGAACUUUUUAAACGAUUGUCUGCAUUGACUAACCAUGUACAAUUAAUUGUGAAAGAAAAGGGUACGAUUAAUCACUAGCCUUUGUGUUAUAGGACUUUGAUCCUUAGAAUAGUGCAUCUGUAUGAUCACAACGAUGUUGUAACUUCACUAAAUAACCUUUCCUCUCGCCCAUAAUGUAUGACCAAAUACAGUACUCUUUAUUUUUUUAGUUGUAUGUUCAUAUACAGUUGAUGUGCCUUGAAAAACAAUUUUGAAAAAAAAAAGAAUCUUGAAAGAUAAUUCUAUAUAUCUAACAGAUGGAAUAUGAAUAAUUUUAUUUUCCUUUUAAUUUAAGAUAAUCAAACAAGUAUUUUUUAUGAUGAAGAGCAAAUCAUGGAUUGUAUUCAACAAAAUUAUUGAGAAAAAAUAUAUUUUAUUAUUGGUCAGAAAUGUAUUUUUUCAAGACUUGUCAUUUCUGUUUUAUUAUUGAUAGUAUGCUAGAUAUUGAUUUUUCAGCGUUCCAACAUUAGAUGAAUUGUAAUGAUGAUACUAUUUUUCUUCAUGGAAUAACUAGUUUUUUGUUGAUGUUGUAUUGAAUGGAUAGGUAUGACAAACAAUUGGUUAUGUAACGGUUAAUUUUUUGCAUUUUUAUAUUGCUCAUUUUUUAUAUUAUUUAUUUUGGGUUAGAUAAUUGAUACCAUUCUCAAAUUAAAAGAUAUGCAUGGUACUAUGUAUAGGUAAUUCAUAUUCCAUAGUAUUUACACAUUGUUUAUGAUGUAUUUCGGAGGGGGUGGGGGGAUUUCAUGCUUUUAAGCAACAAAUCUGAGACAUUCUGACAAUUUUUUUUUGUUCUACUGUGGAUAAUUGAGCAUGUUAUGAGUGAUUUCACUUUCAGCCCAAUUCCAUGAUUAAAAAAGAACAACUUAUCUAUUCUUAGAAAUAUUUAUGUCUAUAAAAAACCUCAACUGAACUCUGAUCAAAAUUCAAUGUGUGAUGAUGCUAUUCCGUUCACAUAUGUCAAUAUUCAGUCAAAAUUUAUGGAAACACGGCUAUUUAUAUCAAGCAGGGUUACAGUGUACAUGAUAAUUAUAUACGACAUCUAACAUACAUAAUCAUAUUUUUAUAUUUAUGCGAAUAGAUUUCAUCAGUCUAAUAUCAUUGGAUGAUUCACUGUAUGUAAGACAGUAUGUGUGCAAUUGUGAGAUAUUUGAUUGCAAAUCAUGGUUUUUAAAUAAUUAAGCAUUUAAGCUAAUAAAUCAGGAUGUCUAAAAAGAUGUACAGGA